GGAGGGCACGAUUGUACUCUUUUUCCUCUUCUCCAUUCAGUGCUCCUUAUCUUGUGUUGUUUCCUGCAUCGUCUUGAUAUUUGAAAGUUUGAGUAAGAUGGGAAACUGUGUAGCACUAGAAAUAUCUUGUGAUCAAACGUUGAAUCAUGCUUGUGGCUGCUUAUUUGGUGAUCGGAAUUACAUUCUCAAGAUGGAGGCUAAUCUCGAGGCUCUGCAGAAUACUAUGCAAGAGCUCGAGGAGAGAAGAGAUGAUCUGUUAAGAAGAGUUGUCAUAGAAGAAGACAAAGGUUUGCAACGGCUUGCUCAAGUUCAAGGUUGGCUUUCAAGGGUUAAAGAUGUUUGUUCUCAAGUCAAUGAUCUGCUGAAAGCUAAAUCAAUUCAAACUGAAAGGUUAUGUCUCUGUGGAUAUUGUUCUAAGAAUUUCAUAUCUGGCCGCAAUUACGGAAUAAAUGUACUGAAAAAGUUGAAACACGUGGAAGGACUUCUAGCUAAAGGAGUUUUUGAAGUGGUGGCAGAGAAAAUUCCUGCGCCUAAGGUGGAGAAGAAGCAUAUCCAAACCACAGUUGGGUUGGAUGCAAUGGUCGGAAGGGCAUGGAACAGCCUCAUGAAAGAUGAACGAAGAACUUUGGGUCUUUAUGGUAUGGGGGGAGUAGGUAAAACCACGCUCUUAGCUUCUAUUAACAACAAAUUCCUUGAAGGGAUGAAUGGAUUUGAUCUUGUUAUAUGGGUUGUGGUUUCUAAAGAUUUGCAAAAUGAAGGCAUUCAAGAACAGAUUUUAGGAAGACUAGGUCUUCACAGGGGAUGGAAACAAGUUACAGAAAAGGAGAAAGCCUCUUACAUAUGCAACAUCCUCAACGUAAAGAAAUUUGUGCUGUUAUUGGAUGAUCUAUGGAGCGAAGUAGAUUUAGAAAAGAUUGGAGUUCCACCUCUAACGCGAGAAAAUGGAUCCAAAAUAGUUUUCACCACUCGUUCUAAAGAUGUUUGCAGAGAUAUGGAAGUUGAUGGUGAGAUGAAAGUUGAUUGUUUGCCACCGGAUGAAGCCUGGGAACUGUUCCAAAAGAAAGUUGGACCAAUCCCAUUACAGAGCCAUGAGGAUAUUCCCACACUUGCAAGAAAAGUAGCAGAAAAAUGUUGUGGCUUGCCACUUGCACUCAGUGUCAUUGGCAAAGCUAUGGCAUCUAGAGAGACUGUUCAGGAAUGGCAGCAUGUGAUUCAUGUUCUGAACUCGUCUAGCCACGAGUUCCCAAGUAUGGAAGAAAAAAUUCUUCCUGUUUUGAAGUUCAGUUAUGAUGAUUUAAAAGAUGAAAAAGUCAAAUUGUGCUUCCUUUAUUGUUCCCUGUUUCCGGAAGAUUAUGAAGUAAGAAAGGAAGAGUUGAUAGAAUAUUGGAUGUGUGAAGGAUUUAUAGAUGGGAAUGAAGAUGAAGAUGGAGCUAACAACAAAGGUCAUGACAUAAUUGGCUCGUUAGUUCGUGCACAUCUAUUGAUGGAUGGUGAACUAACAACAAAAGUGAAAAUGCAUGAUGUCAUACGCGAGAUGGCUCUUUGGAUAGCGUCGAACUUUGGAAAACAGAAAGAAACACUUUGUGUGAAACCCGGUGUGCAGUUAUGCCAUAUACCAAAGGACAUCAAUUGGGAAAGUUUGAGAAGGAUGUCUUUGAUGUGCAAUCAGAUUGCAAAUAUAUCUUCUAGUUCCAACUCUCCCAACCUCUCAACUCUAUUACUCCAGAAUAACAAGUUGGUGCAUAUAUCAUGUGACUUUUUUAGGUUUAUGCCAGCACUCGUGGUCUUGGAUCUUUCGAGGAACUCGAGUCUCUCUAGCUUGCCGGAAGCAAUUUCUAAGUUAGGUUCCUUGCAAUAUAUCAACUUAUCAACAACAGGGAUAAAAUGGUUGCCAGUUAGUUUUAAGGAGUUGAAGAAAUUAAUCCAUUUGAAUCUGGAGUUUACUGAUGAACUUGAAAGUAUUGUUGGGAUAGCUACAAGCCUACCAAACCUGCAAGUGUUGAAAUUGUUUUCUUCUCGUGUUUGUAUUGAUGGCAGUUUAAUGGAAGAGUUACUACUCUUGGAGCACUUGAAGGUUUUAACAGCAACUAUAAAGGACGCCUUGAUUUUGGAAAGUAUACAAGGAGUGGACCGAUUGGUGAGUAGUAUUCAAGCUUUAUGUCUCAGAAAUAUGUCAGCACCGGUUAUAAUAUUGAACACGGUAGCUCUGGGUGGUCUUCAACACCUUGAAAUCGUGGGCUCCAAAAUCUCAGAGAUAAAGAUAGAUUGGGAAAGAAAAGGAAGAGGGGAGCUUAAAUGUACAAGUUCUCCUGGCUUUAAGCACCUCUCUGUUGUUGAAAUAUUCAAUUUGGAAGGUCCAAGGGAUUUAACAUGGCUGUUGUUUGCUCAAAACCUCAGGCGUCUAUCUGUGACGCUGUCAUUAACCAUAGAAGAGAUAAUAAACAAGGAGAAAGGAAUGAGUAUUACCAAUGUGCAUCCAAAUAUCGUUGUUCCGUUUGGGAAGCUGGAAUUCCUUGAAGUAAGGGGUUUGGAUGAGUUAAAGAGAAUCUGCUGGAAUCCCCCGGCUCUUCCAAACCUGAGACAAUUUGAUGUACGAAGCUGCCUUAAGCUACCGGAAGCUGCCACUGAGUUUCCGCGACAUGCCAAUGAAUAAUGGGAGGACGGUGCUCCGGUGCUAGCUGAUGGUUUCUGGCUUAUGUACUAGUUUUGGAGAAUGAAGCUAUCGCAGAUCGCAGAUGUACUGCUUUUCUAUCUCCCUCAUUCUUGCUUGAUUUGACACUCUCUGUUUGACUAUAUCCUUUCACUUCUUGAUUUGGUUUCUGUUUGUGCACUGCUUUUGUUCCCGAUUAACUUGUUUUCAAAGUUUUGAAAGACUAUUUCCUUUUUCAGUUUUCACUUGUAUUUUGUUUUUGUCUAAUAAGUUCAAAAAAUUC